UAAAAAAAAGCAUUUAUCAGUUGAUUGCAAAUUAUUUUAGACUUUAUUUAUCAUAAAGCAGUGAGUCACAUGAGCUUCCUGUUCCGGUUUGUAGCUAAACAUCCGUCGAGGACACCGAGGAGGCGUGAGAAAACGGGAGAGGGGCGGUCCUGAUCCAGGAAAAUGAUCCGCUCCGAGGGACGUGAUUGGGUGGAAACACAACCAGAAGCAGAUUCCUAUUGGCUCAAAUUGAGAGGCGGAGUCAUGUUUUAAUAUUAAUGACGCUGCGUUCAAGGGUAGCUUUGGAAAUUAAAAUAAAACUYACGCAAAUCUUCUUUUUUCCAGUAGUUAGCGCCGCCUUUGCGUGACUCCUCAACGCCGGUGAGUGGGUUCGGAGUCAGCCCACUCUCAUCAAAACACGCUUUAGCUUUUUAACAGAAUGAGAGGCAAUAUUUCCCACGCAACCCGCGUGCCGUGAACGCACACCACCGAGCGUGAGUGUGAAAGUGGGCGUGUCCAAUCCAUGCAAACGAUCCCCCCCACGAGCGCCUUUCCCCCGUGAGCGGUGACGUGACGCGAGCGGCCCGUGUUGGUUCCAGCUGACAGGCAGAGAGGGAACGACUGGGGGGUGAAAUGAGCGUGUGUGUGCGUGCGUGCGCGCGGCUGUGCGUGACGGUAGGAAAGGGAGGGAGCGCGAGAGAGGGAGGAAAAUAAGAGCCAUCAUCUACUGGAUUUUAUUUUAUUUUUUUAAGGGGGGGUUUCUUUAUUUCUUCCAUCUGAUUUUAUUUCGCUCUUUAUGCACAGGUUUGUUUUGGAGACAUUUUUUUUUCUCCCCUCCGUCCUGGAGAUUUUCCCACCGCCGGGUUCCGGUUCUGUUCUGCUUCUGAUCAUCUGUCCCUCCUCUCUGCACCGAUCACCGCUUUUAUUUUUGCAUUUUUUUUAAAUUUAUUUAUUUUCCAAACUGUCAUCAUUUGUUUUGUCGCCGCCUGCAGAGGGGGGGUGGACUUCUCGAUCCACCGAGCACCGGACCGUACCCAGCACCAAAGGACUUGGAUCGGUUCUGAUGUCCUCAUCUGUCCGUUUAAAUAGUUCGGAGAGAAAAGCGGCGGCUGCAGCCCGGGAAGGCUCGGGCUGCCUGAGAAGAUGAAUUAAAGCCCACCAUGCAGCCAGUUUGGAGAUAAAACCCGUUUUUUAUUUUAUUUCCAUCUGUUUUUAUUUGUUUUGCACCUUUUUAUGCAUGGGACGCGCGGAACGCAGGGUUCCAGGUGGAGAUCUCGUGCGCACACACGCCUCACCUGUCCGCGCACCUUUGGACGGCGCGCCCGUCACUUGUCACUGAGUGGAUUGUUUUGAUCUCGAGCGCAUCCCGCUUCAGGUGUUUCCCCCCCACCCACCCUCACCCAUUACCCCCCUCCUCCUCUUACUCCCCACUGGAAGGUAUGUCCAGGCCUCUCACCCAGCUCCUGCCGCCGGAUAUCCCCGCGGGGGCCGCGAGCCCGCAGUUUGGGGCCAGCAGCCCGGCUGGAAGCGUCCCUCAGGGUGGACACCUGACCUCCAUGACCAACCUGAAGACCCUGCUCCAGGUGCCAAUCAAGGCCGACCAGAGGACCAAGGACUGCUGCGAGAUGAAGGACAAAGACAAGCCCCUGGAUUCUGAUGAAGACUCGAUGGGCGUUAGUGCCGGAGGGCCCGGCGGGGUGGGAGGAACCCCAGGCUCCGGCCCGCUGCGACCCAACUCCCAGUCGGCCUUCCUGGGCCCGAUGCUGUGGGAGCGGACCCUGCCGUGUGACGGAGGCCUGUUCCAGCUGCAGUACAUGGACCUGGAGGAGUUCCUGACGGAGAAUGGGAUGGGGAUGCAGAACGGACCCAGCUCCACCAGCGCUCAGAUCCCCUCCCAGAGCUCCCAGUCUGCCAUCCCCAACCAGAGCUCCCAGUGUCCUCCCACGUCUCCGCCACCCUGUUCCUCCUCUUCCUCCUCCAUGUCCUCGUCAUCGUCGUCCUCCUCGCUGCUCGGACUGGAGACCGUCCAGCAGCAGGCGCCGCAACCUCAACAGCAGCAAAGCAUGAUGGGAGGACCGGAGUGUCUACACGGGGGGCAGGCGGUGCCUCAGGACCCCUCACCCACCUCCACUUGCCCUCCAGGGCCCCCUGGACCUCCGGCUGCUGCCAACGGGAACAGUGACAUCAUGGUGAACUUUGACCCCGACCCCGCAGACCUGGCGCUGUCCAGCGUCCCGGGACAGGAGGCGUUCGACCCGCGGCGGCAUCGCUUCUCCGACGAGGAGCUGAAGCCUCAGCCCAUGAUCAAAAAGGCGCGCAAGAUGCUGGUUCCUGAUGAGCAGAAGGACGAGAAGUACUGGAGCCGGCGCUUAAAGAACAACGAGGCGGCCAAGCGCUCGCGGGACGCCCGGCGGCUGAAGGAGAACCAGAUCUCGGUGCGCGCCGCCUUCCUGGAGCGCGAGAACGCCGCCCUCCGCCAGGAGGUGGCCGACAUGCGGAAGGAGCUGGGCCGCUGCCGGAACAUCAUCAACAAGUACGAGAGCCGGCACGGAGACUUGUGAGGCGGAGGCGGAGCAAGAUGGGAGGGAGGCGGGGCUUGGGGAGGGGAAACGAGAGAAGGGCACAACCCGACGACAGCAGCACUUUAGUUGAAGUGGCGAGGAUGGGGCGGGGCUGGAGUAGACCUGCAGUAAGCACUGUGUGACACCGGGCGCAAACAUAAGCUGAACUUCAGGAAGUCACGACAGAACARCACAGUCACCGUUUUUUUUUUCCUGUCCCGUCCCGUCGCCCGGCCUGCAACGCCUCGCCAGCUUCCRUCACUUCGGCUGCCGUGCUUGCGCCCGGUGUCGCUCUGCGUUUUUUGCAGGUAGUGCAUUCCGGCCGCUGCUCUGGCCAGUUCAAACAGGGUGUGGAAAUCACAAUAUGCCAGUGAAAUCUUACUUUUUUUUUCUUAAAGCUCGAGGCUUUAUGGACACAAGCCAGGAAAGGUCAGGUGGAUAUUUUUUUGUUGUUUUCUAUAACAAAAAAAAGUGUAUAUUUUUGAAUUGGGCAGGAAAAGCCAAGACUAGUCCAGCAAAAAAGGAGAAGAAAGGAAAAGGUGCAGGGUUUUUGUUCUUAAUGCAAAGAGAUUUUGACAAAUGAUUAUUGUAUAUUUUUCUAUUAGUAAAGAUAUUCUGGAGGAUUUUGGAGAUAAUCUUUUGUAUAUUUUAUAUAUGGGGAGGGGUGGGGCUGUUAGCUGGACGCUCACGGGGCCACAUAUAGCUCUUUUUCCUCUUAGCUGUUUAUUGCUUAACAACAAAUGAUCUAUUUUCAACAUUACAGAGCUGGUUCGGCAGAGGUGAAACAGAGAAUGUAUCAAGGUUGAAUCAGGUAUUUUGCUCAGUCGGAGACAAGGUGAGGUAUUUCAAUAAAAUUUUUUUGGGGUUGGAGCGACAAGUGGAAGAAACAAAAACUGUAUAGUUUAAAAAAAAUGUGUUUGUUUUCCUUGUGAGCUCAUUUUGAGCACUUGAGUUGUUCUCUUCUCUUCAAAUAUGUUGAAUAAUCACAGGGCUUUUUAUUUUUAAAGGUGAAAGAGAAAAAAGUAUAAAACAGGAAGUGAUCAGCCAUCAAAACACCUGGAUUUGAGCAGAUGUUUUUGAGAAUAAAGAAACGAAGGAACUCUUUUUUAAAUCUGGCAGGUUUGCAUUUAAGUCGGUGACUUGUGUACUUUCUAUUUACUCCUCAAUCAUGUCCAGGAUGGGCAAAUAAACGUAACACUAGCUGGUUUAGGGUUGAUGUGCCCACGUUGAACAGUGACUGAAAGCGUCAGCAUGAAGACACAAACACUAAGACAAGCACAGACCUCGUCCUGGUUUUAAUCCUUAUUGUUGUUGGUGAUGUUGUUAUGAACUUCUAUGGUGCUGAUCUGAUCCUCUACCUGACAAACURACACACACACAGACAUUUUCACACAUAUGCAAACACACAUCUCACUUUACUGAACUGCCUAUACCUUUUAUUUGUCUUUUAUUCAAUUAUUUUGUGUUUAUUUUUCUUUAGUUUCAAACUGUAUUGAUUAAUCUAUAGAACAAUACACAAACACUUUGUUUAUACCGCCCCCUUCAAACUAUACCUAAUGAGAAAGAGAAACGCACCCGACUGCUACUGUACCAUACAACUGUAUUAUUGAAUAUUAAAGUAUUCUUUCACUAGA